CCACGCCAGUUGUGCUUUUUCAGAUGACGAAAAUUAGUGAGUUAGUGACUGCCUCUAUGGUCAUCACUCACCCCUUCUCUUUUCAACUUUCUUGAGAAUAACACCAAACACUCACAAAUACAAAAAUACUUAAAAAGAGAGAAACAAUUUAACCCCCUCUCUCUCUCUCUCUAUUUCUUUAAGCUUAUCAGCUACCUCUAUCCAUAUCCAAGAACAUCAAUGGGCGAGGAAGAGAAGAAGAAACCAGAAGAAGUGAAAAAACCAGAGGAAGAGAAGAAAGAGGAGGCUCCAAAAGGUGAUAAUGAAAAAAAGGAAGAAAAGAAAACAGAGGAAACCAAAGAAGAAACACCAGCACCUCCGCCGCCACCUCAAGAAAUAGUGUUGAGAGUUUACAUGCAUUGUGAAGGCUGUGCUCGUAAAGUCCGUAAAUCCCUUAAAGGCUUCGAAGGAGUUGAGGAUGUUAUAACGGAUUGUAAGACACAUAAGGUGGUUGUAAAAGGGGAAAAAGCAGAUCCGUUGAAGGUUUUAGAGAGAGUGCAAAAGAAGAGCCACCGUCAAGUUGAGCUUCUUUCUCCGAUCCCAAAACCGCCGGCCGAAGAGCCAAAGAAACCGGAGGAAAAAGAAGUCGUUAAACCCGAAGAGAAAAAAGAGGAGCCGCCCCAAGUGAUUAUUGUAGUUCUGAAAGUUCACAUGCAUUGUGAAGCUUGUGCUCAAGAAAUCAAAAGGCGUAUACAAAGAAUGAAAGGUGUGGAGAAUGCAGAACCAGACUUGAAGAAUUCACAAGUUACAGUAAAAGGGGUAUUUGAGGCAACACAAUUGGUGGAUUAUGUAAGCAAAAGAACAGGGAAAAGGGCAGUUAUAGUAAAAGUUGAACCAGAAAAGAAAGAAGAGGAAAAACCCAAAGAAGGAAAUGAAGAGAAGAAAGCAGAGGAAGGUGAGAAAGAAGCAAAAAAAGGUGAAGAGGGAGACACCAAGGAGAAAAAAGAGGGUGGUGGAGAUGGCGGCGCCGCUGCAGCAGGCGGCGGUGAAGAAGCUGAGUUAGGUAAAGAGGUGGCUGUUCAAGAAGACCCAAAGUUAGAAAUGAAAAAGAAUGAGUUUUACUACGUUAUUACCCACAGAAGUUUACCCAGGUUUACCCUCAAAGAUAUAGCUCAUGAAAAUGUAUAA